AUGGUUAUCUGCGCCAUCUACUUCGGCCUUUCCUUGGGCUUCAGCCCUACCACCAUGAUCGGAACACUCUGUUUAUUCCGGUUCUGGCUGGGCUUUGGGAUUAAUGGCGACUAUCCUCUCUCUGCCACCAUCAUGUCGGAGUACGCCAACAAGAAAACCCGAGGCGCCUUCAUUGCGGCGGUUUUCGCUAUGCAAGGCGUGAGGAUCAUCUUCGGCAGUCUUGUCUCCCUGAUUCUUGCCAGUAUUUUUCUCCAUUCGUCAGAGUUCAAGGCGGCUAAUAGCUACAAACUAUUUUCCAACGAGCUCUGGCAAUGCCAAGGCCUUCACUUGAUCGGAACGAUGAGCACGUGGUUUUUACUGGAUAUCACUUACUACAGCCAAAAUCUCACCCAAAAAGAUAUCGUUCCAGUGAUGCGCACAAUGGAAGCCCCCGAAAGAAGUGGGCGCGUUGAAAGAAAUGUUCCAGGUUUCACGCGCCAUGUUCGUGAUUGCCCUGUUCAGGACUUUCCCCGGCUACUCGUUCGUCGUCUUCUUCCUCGAAAAAAGGAAAUGUUCCAGGUUUCAAGCUCCAUGUUCGUGAUUGCCCUGUUCGAGACUUUCACAGGCUACUGGUUCCCCGUCUUCUUCAUCGAAAAACUCAGGAGAUUUAACGUCUAG